UGACAGCAAUCUAAUAUAUAAAAGUCGAAUUCGAAAAAGAGAAGAGGAAAAAGUGUACAAGUGUGUGCAAGGAAGGAGGUUGAACGAACAGAAAUUAUUAGUCCAAUUUUCAUUACAUUUUUACCCCUUACAUAAUAGCUACACUACUAUUUGAUUGUGAUAAAAGAAAACAUUUUAUUUAAAAUAAAGAAAUUUGUCAUAAAAAAAUUUGAACAUGAGGAUUUGGACAUCGGAACACACAUUUAAUCAUCCGUGGGAAACAGUUGCACAGGCAGCAUGGCGAAAAUAUCCAAAUCCAAUGACCCCGUCGAUAAUUGGAACCGAUGUUGUGGAACGACAAGUUGUCGACGGUGUUUUGGUCACACAUCGUUUAGUUAGUUCAAAGUGGUACUUUCCGAGAUGGGCACAAGCGAUCAUCGGAACAGCAAAAGUAUGUUACGCCAGCGAGCGAUCAACGGUAGACCCACAAGGCAAAACAAUGACCCUAAAGACAAUAAAUUUAACAUUUUGUCGGCACAUAUCGGUGGACGAAAUGCUGUAUUACUCACCGCAUCCGACCGAACCGUCCAAAACGUUAUUGAAACAGGAGGCAACAGUAACGGUGCACGGUGUGCCGCUCAGUCAUUACAUGGAAGAUAUUUUAACGUCACGAAUCAGUUCCAAUGCGGGCAAUGGUCGGGCCGGUUUGGAAUGGGUUAUUUCGAAAAUAAAUGCGGAGGUGAAAGGUCUUGCUGAAGCUGUACAUAAGAGUACCGAUGAAAUUAUUACACAAACUAGUAAAUCAUUAGAUGGUAUGACCGAAUCGGCGCGCAAGGGAAUGGACGAACUAAGUGCAACAGCAAAACAGAAACUGCGCAUUUAGCACUAAAUCGGUUCCAAAUAAUGCCAAUGAAACUAAAACGUCAUCAUCACCACCGCCACCAUCAACGGAAUCGGAUAGAAAAACCAAUUAGUGAAAGAGAUACAAACAAAAAAAAAACGGAGAAACAGUGAGAGUGAUUUCGAAUGUUUUAUAUGAUUUUUCGCCCGUGGAUCUUGAUUCAUAUAGGAAUUUAUGUUAAAUUUUUGCAGUUUUCUUCACAUUUCUUUUAUUCCCCAAAACAUGAAAAUCAAACGAGAAUUUUUUUUCCAUUUUCAUUUCGUUGUUCCUCACUUCCUUGCACAGACUUAAUGUGUAGAAAACUUAAAAUUCGAAAAAAAAGUCGAAUUAACCAGCACCACCACCAGUGUAACAUUCGAAUUGGAUGUUUGUUUUUGGUCUUAAUUUUUGUAGCAAAAUUAAAUUUAAGUUUAAGUAUCAAGCAAAAGUACAAAAGUUUUAUUUAACAAAAGAGAACGAGGAAAUGGGACAAGCCAAUAGCAGCGUCUGGAUGGGAGAAUAUCGUUAGACACUUGUCACAGGAUACGUGUAGUGACACGAACCGAAAAUUAUGAUAUUCCACAUCACUACCAUUCUGCCGUAAUUUGCAUAAGAGAUUUAGAAGAUUGCUUUUGUUUAAAUUUUUCGCUAAGUCCCUCAUGAAACCUACGGCAGAAUGAUGAGAGAGAGAAUUGGAGAAAUAGGAAAGUUAAAAUCAG